AUGGUGUCCGAGUUGGAACCAGACGUGGGCUGCAUUUUGACCUGCAUAUUUGGCCCUGUGUGUGAAAACGAACACAAGGAAGUCUGCGUGCGCGUGCAAAAGGAUAAAGAGACUCCAAUCACGGACAUUCUACACAGUUUGGUCGGCCCUAAUAACGACAAAAUGAUUGGAAAGCCGAAAAUUCUGAUCGUUGUUAACGCAGAAGCACCUCAAACGGACAGUAUAUCUCCGGACAUGAAAGAACUACAAGUCUCUGCUACAAACCACAGUGGCUGGCUAGUAUUGAUUCUAAAAUAUGAAGAUGCAUCAGAGGAUUUGAUUGAACUUCUUGGAAAAAUCGACGAGAAGAGCCUGCAAGAACUUCUGGAGCCUCUGCUAACUCGUGAGUCCAAAAAAGAAGACGUGGUUCUUCUCAAUUCUACUUUGCAAUAUCUCCUCAAAUUUCCUACUUGGCCAAGAAUUUUUGUCAACCCAGAUUUCAAACUUAAAAAGACAAGAAGCCUCCGUGGCCAAAUGUUAAGAAUUAUAAAUUCUAUGGAACCUCCUUAUGAGAAAAAGAUCGACUUUGAAACAUUAAUGAAAGAGGCGAAGCGAUUGUUUGAGGGAAACAAAAAUUCGAUGAGUCGUUCAGAAAAUCCGAGCGACAUUAAACCUUCGAAAAAGUUUAAUUCUGUCAAAGGCUUAGAAGCUCUCUCUGCAGUGGGAGAUUCAGCUGACGCGAGCAUUGUUUGGUUGCUUAAUUCAGUUGCUGGGGCAGGCAAAUCGACCGUACUCUUAGAAAUGGCGCACCAACUCCCGAAAUUUGAUGACGGGUUUAAAAUCCUGCUGAUUCCACUGAAAAAACACUAUCGAUACAUUUUUAACCUGCCACCAAUGAAAGUGGAUGAAACCGAAUUCCUUGCCAAGACAACUUGCAAUUCUAAGGACGACAUUAUCCAGUGGAUUGAGAAGAAAGAAGCAAUUGUUUUCCUCGACGGUUUUGACGAAGUGUGUCCAGACUUCAGAGAAAAAAUCAUCAAAAUUUUGAUUGCAUUACAUAAUGCAAGAGUCCCACUCUUCAUCGGAACCAGGCCUCAUGAAGUGCACUACAUUCAAGACCGGAUCAAGAACACAACGAUAGUUGAGAUUGAACCCCUUGAUGAAGCAAAGCAAAUCGAGAUUCUGCAGACCGUGGCACGGAAGAGCCAGCAAGACAUCGAUGAAUUGAGGAAGAACUUCAAAGAUCAAAACAUUCUGGGAAACCCACUUUAUCUCACCUUGUUGGCCGAGUACGAAGGCAAAGGAAACUUGUAUGACAUCUUUGACAAAAUUGUGCGGAAAAGAGUAAAAUUAAGUUUGGUGAAAGAAAAUGGAGGCAAAGAUGUUGGAGAGGAGGCGAUUGAAAGAUCAUUGAAGUUCAUUCAAUUGGUGGCCUCUCGUUUUGUAGCAGGAGUGCAGAUUGACCAAGAUAGUUUAAUAACAAAGUUACAUUUGAAAAAGAUCAACACUUUCGGAGUUGUAAUAUAUUGCAAUGACAGAGUUGAUUUCACUCACCAAACGUUUGCAGAAUUCCUUACCGCACAAAAGUUUCUAUAUGACUCAAAAAAUCCAGUAGCUGAAGAAGUACCCUUGUUCAACGAUGAAUUAGUGCAGUGCAGGAAGUUCAUUGACUUUUUCUUUUCCACGGAGAAUGGGAAGGACGUAUCUUGCGAAGAAGCACUACUUGUGGAUUGUGCUAAAAUGACAAACGCUAUGAAAUUAGUAAGACAAAUAUGUCGUGAGGAUUUGAGACAAAUGUUCAAGAUGCUCAACCCCGAUCUCUCAUUGAAAGAUGAAGACGGUAAAAACGCUUUGCAUUUGGCACUGCGGCACCUUGAAAUGGUCAAGAUGGUACACGAAAAGAACAGCAGGUUAGCAACCGAAAGAAUCAACACUGGAGAAAGCUGUCUUCACCUGGCGAUUGCUGACGAGAAGUGCAGCGAGGAAGUGGCUAUUUGGAUCUUGCGAAACACACAAGUGGACAAAAACGCUGAAACCAGCUUAAAAAACACUCUGCUUCUGCUGGCUUGUGCGAGAAAAAAAUGGGAAGUGGCACUACAGCUUGUAUUGAAGUUCGAUAUUGAAGUAAAUCAACUUGAUUCAUUUGGAAAGUCAAUUUUGCACUAUGCCGUUGGCUCUAGUGAUAUAGUUUUAGUGCAAGAACUUCUUGAUAGGGGCUCCAAUGUCAAUUUAAAAGAUCUAAAUGGAGAAACAGCUCUUCACCUAGCUGUUCAGUAUAGUAAAAGCCCAGAAUUGGUGAAAUUAUUGCUUCAAAAAGGUGCCAAAGUUAACUUACAAGACAAUAGAAAACAAACUGCUUUGCAUCACGCCGCUAAAAAUCAUGAAGUUACAGGAGUGGUCCAUACGCUAAUAGAAUACGGCGUUGACAUUAAUUCACAAGAUGAGGAGGGAAUCACAGCCCUUCACCUAGCAGCUGGGUCAAAUGAAAACCCGGAAAUUGUGAAUAUGUUGCUUGACAAAGGGGCCAAAGUAAACUUACAAGACAAUAAAAGGCGAACUGCUUUGCAUUACGCCUUUGAAAAUGACGAAGCAUCAGAAGUGGUCCAAAAGCUACUGGAAUAUGGCAUUGACGUUAACUCACAAGACGAAGAAGGAAUCACAGCCCUUCACCUAGCAGCUGGGUCAAACGUAAACCCAGAAAUUUUGAAUAUGAUGAAUGAGAAAAAUAACAAGGUAAUCUUAGAAGACGAUAAAAAGCGGAUCACUGUGCAUUACGCCUUUGGAAACAACGAAGUUGCAGAAAUGGUCCAAACACUGCUAGAAUACAGCGUUGACGUUGAUUCACAACAUGAAGAAAGAAUCGAAGACAUUCACCAAGCCGCUGGGUCAAAUGAAAACCCAGAAAUUGUGAAUAUUUUGCACAAACGAAAACCAUUGCAUUACCCCGCAGUGUUUCACGAGCUUACAGAAAUGGUCCAUAAGCAACUAGAAUACGCUGUUGAAGAUAAUUCAGAAGAUAAAGAAGGAACCACAGCCCAUCACCUAGCAGCUGGGUUAAAUGAAAAUCAAGAGAUUCUUAAUAAUUUGCUUGGAAAAGGUACCGAAGGAAACGAACAAGACCGAACCGCUCUCCAACAUUUGGUUGGUAGGUCUAAACCAGAUGUGAAAGUGGUCAAAAAGCUGCUCGAAAAUGGUGCCGACGUUGAUUCUCAAGAUCAAAAUGGAUGGACAGCCCUUCACGUGGCUGCUCGUUGCAAUAAAAACGCAGAAAUAGUGAAAAUUUUGCUUGGCAUGGGAGCUAAAGUUGACGCAAAAGACAAUGAAGAUUUGACCGCACUGCAUUUGGCCGCUAGAUAUAACCAAGCUCCAGAAAUUGUCGCAAUUCUGCUCGAAAACGGCGCCGACGUUCAUACACAAACUCAAGGAGGAUUAACAGCCUUACAUCUAACUGCUCGGUGGAAUGAAAACCCAGAAAUACUGGAAAUUUUCCUUCUAAAAGGCGCCAAAGUAAACGCACAAGACAAUGAUAAAUGGACCCCACUGCAUUUCGCCGCUAGAUUCAACUCAUCUCCAGAAGUGGUCCAAAAACUACUUGUGAAAGGCGCCGACGUUCAUUUACAAGAUCAAGCAGGAUUGACGGCUCUUCAUCUAGCUGCUCGGUAUAAUAAAAACUCAGAAAUAGUCCAAAUGUUGCUUGAAAAGGGUGCCAUAGUAAACGCAGAAGACAAUGAUAGAUGGACCGCUGUGCAUUUUGCCGCAAAAAAUAACCCAGCUUCAGAAGUGAUCCAAAAGCUGCUCGAAAACGGCGCUGACGUUCAUUCGCAAGAUGAAAAAGGAUUCACACCCCUUCACCUAGCGGCUGGGUGGAAUGAAAAUCCAGAAAUCGUGCAAAGAUUGCUGGACAUAGGUGCCAACGUACACGCACGAGACAAUGAUGAAUGGACCGCACUGCAUUUGGCCGCUAGAUAUAGCCAAACUCCCGAAAUCGUCUUAAAACUGCUAGAAAAUGGCGCCGACGUUCAUUCACAAAGUAAUGAAGGAUAUACAGCCCUCCACAUAGCUGCUGGGUGGAAUCCAAACCCAGAAAUCGUAAAUAUUUUGCUUGCAAAAGGUGCUAAAGUAAACAAUCAAGACAAUAAAAAAUGGACCGCACUGCAUAACGCCGCUAGACACAACCAAACUCCAGAAGUCAUCUUCAAACUGCUCGAAAAUGGCGCCGAUGUUGAUUUAGAAAGUAAUGAUGGAAAUACAGUCCUUCAACUAGCUGCUGGUUUCAAUGAAAACUUAGAAGUAGUCGAAAUCUUGCUUCAAAAAGGUGCAGAAGUAAACGCAACAGACAAUGAACAUCGAACCGCACUGCAUUUCGCCGCUAGAUAUAACCCAGCUUCAGAAAUCGUCUUAAAACUGCUCGAAAACGGCGCUGACGUGAAUUCGCAAAGUAAAGAUGAAUAUACAGCCCUUCACCUUGCUGCUCAGAGUAAUAGUAACCCAGAAAUAGUUAACAUUUUGCUAGAAAAAGGUGGAAAAGUAAACGCACGAGACAAUAAAAAUCGAACCGCACUGCACUUCGCCGUUGAAAACAACCGAACUGCAGAGGUGGUCCAAAAACUGCUCGAAAACGGCGCCGAAGUUGAUUCACAAAAUGAAGAAGGAAAUACAGCCCUUCAUUUGGCUGCUGAGUGCAACCCAGACCCAGAAUUAGUCCAAAUUUUGCUUGAAAAUGGUGCCAGAGUAAACGCACGAAACAACGAUGGUUGGACCGCGCUGCAUUUGGCCGCUGAGAACAACCCAAAUGCAGAGGUGAUCCAAAAACUACUUGAAAAAGGCGCCGACGUUCAUUUUCAAGAUCAAACAGAAUUAACAGCUCUUCACCUAGCUGCUCGGGGCAAUAGUAACCCAGAAAUAGUGAAAAUUUUGCUUGACUAUGGCGCAGAAGUAAACGCAAAAGACAAUAAAAAUUGGACCGCACUGCAUUUCGCCGCUAGAUACAAUCCAGCUUCAGAAUUCGUCUUAACACUGCUCAAAAAUGGCGCCGACGUUCAUUCGCAAAACAACAAGGGAUCUUCAGCCCUUCACCUAGCUGCUCAGAGUAAUAGUAACUCUGAAAUAGUGGAAAUUUUGCUUGAAAAUGGUGCAGAAGUACACUUACAAAACAAUGAUAAAGUGACCGCACUGUUUUUGGCCGCUGAAAAUAACCCAAAUGCAGAAGUGAUCCAAAAACUGCUCGAAAAAGGCGCUGACGUUCAUUCAAAAAUUACAUGUGGGCACACAGCCCUUCAUCGAGCUGCUUUCUGGAAUAAAAACCCAGAAAUGGUACAAAUUUUGAUUGAAAAUGGUGCGAAAGUAAACGCACAAAACAAUGACAAAGAGACCGCACUACAUUUCGCCGCGGAAAAUAACCCGAAUGCGGAGGUGAUCAAAAAACUGCUCCAAAACGGUGCCGACGUUCAUUCACAAAGUAAAGAUGGAUAUACAGCCAUUCAUCGAGCUGCUGGGUUGAAUAGAAACCCGGAAGUAGCGAAAAUUUUGCUUGAAAAUGGUGCAAACAUAAACGCACAGGACAAUGAUAAAAUGAACGCACUUCAUUUCGCGGCUAGAUUUAACCCAGCACCAGAAAUGAUCCAAAAGCUGAUCGAAAACGGUGCCGACGUUAAUUCACAAGAUCAAGACGGAUCAUCAGCACUUCACCUAGCAGCCUGGUGGAAUAAAAACCCUAAAGUAGUGCAAAUUUUGCUUGACAAUGGUGCAUUAGCGAACGCACAAAACAAUAUUAAAUUGACUGCACUGCAUUUCGCCGCUAGAUUUAACCCAGUCUCAGAAAUCGUCCAAAUUUUGCUCGAAAACGGCGUCGACGUUCAUUCAAAAAGUAUAGAUGGAAAUACAGCCCUUCAACUAGCUGCUGGUUGGAAUGACAACGCGGAAAAAGUGAGAAUUUUGCUUGAAAAUAAUGCCAAAGUAAACGCACAAGACAAUUCAAAAUGGAACGCACUGCAUAUGGCCGCUAGAUAUAACCCAGCUUCAGAAAUCGUCUUAAAACUGCUCGAAAACGGCGCUGACGUUCAUUCACAAUGCAAUGAUGGAAAUACAGCCCUUCACCUAGCUGCUGGAUGGAACGAAAACACGGAGAUAGUGAGAAUUUUGCUAGAGAGAGGCGCCAAAGUAGACGCACAAAACAAUAAUAGUUUGACCGCACUGCAUUUAGCCGCUGAAAGAAAGCCACAUGCGGAUGUGAUCUUAAUGCUGCUCGAAAACGGUGCUGACGUUGAUUCAAGAAGUAAAGAUGGACAUACAGCGCUUCAUCGAGCUGCUGCGUUGAACAAAAACCCAGAAAUAGUGAAGGUUUUGAUCGAAAAAGGUGCCAAAGUAAACGCGCAAGACAAUGAGAAAUUGACCGCACUUUAUCUCGCCGUUCAAAAUAACCCAAAUGCAGAGGUGAUUCAAAAACUGCUCGAAAACGGCGCCGACGUUCAUUCGAAAAGUAAAGAUGAAUGUACAGUCCUUCACCUAGCUGCUCAGAGUAAUAAUAACCCAGAAAACGUUAACAUUUUGCUCGAAAACGGUGCAAAAGUAAACGCACAAGACAAAAAAAACUGGACCGCACUGCAUUUUGCCGCUAGAUAUAACCCAUCUUUAGAAAUCAUCCAAAAACUGCUUGAAAUUGGUGCCGAUGUUCAUUUACAAAGUACGGAUGGAUCAUCAGCACUUCACCUAGCUGCUGGAUUUAAUGAAAACCCAGAAAUAGUGGACAUUUUGUUACAAACAGGUGCCAAAGUAAACGCACAAAACAAUAAUAAAUUGACCGCACUGCAUUUCGCCGCUAGAUAUAACCAAUCUUCAGAAAUCGUCCAAAAGCUGCUCGAAAACGGCGCCGACGUUCAUUCAAAAAGUAAAGAUGGAAAUACAGCCCUUCAACUAGCUGCUGGUUGGAAUGGAAACACGGAAAUAGUGAGAAUUUUGCUGGAAAAUGGUGCCAAAGUAAACGCACAAGACAAUUCAAAAUGGAGCGCACUGCAUAUGGCCGCUAGAUAUAACCCAGCUUCGGAAAUCGUCUUAAAACUGCUCGAAAACGGCGCUGACGUUCAUUCACAAUGCAAUGAUGGAAAUACAGCCCUUCACCUAGCUGCUGGAUGGAACGAAAACACGGAAAUAGUGAGAAUUUUGCUACUAACAGGUGCCAAAGUAAACGCUCAAAACAAUAAUAAAGUUACCGCACUGCAUUUUGCCGCUGAAAGUAACCCAAAUGCAGAGGUGAUCCAAAAUCUGCUCGAAAAUGGCGCCGACGUUCAUUCGCAAGAUGAAAAAGGAUUCACACCCCUUCACCUAGCGGCUGGAUGGAAUAAAAAUUCAGAAAUAGUUACAAUUUUACUUGAAAAUGGUGCCAAAGUUAACGCACAAGACAAUGAUGAUCAAUACACAGCACUGCAUUUGGCCGCUGAACAAAACCCAGCUUCUGAAAUCAUCCUAGAGCUGCUUGAGAAAGGCGCCGAGAUAAAUGUAGAAAAUUCUCGUGGAGAGACUGCUUUAUUUCUCGCGGCUAAGAAUAAUCCAGUGAAAGAAAUUGUUCAAAUACUGCUCGUGUAUGGUGCCGAAGUAAAUGAAAAGAUUAGGAAUGACGAACAAUGUUCCGAUGUGUUACAGCAAAUGAAAAUCAAUUGAGAAACCUUUAAAAGUCUAAAAGCUUUAACUAUUCUGACCUAAUGGUUAAUGAUCGGAAAAGCCGUAGUUUAUGUUAAAUUUUGAUAGCGAAAAGAGUGCGAAGAGAAAGUUAACCAGACGAAGGCAGGGAGGACGAUCUAUAUUAUUGCGUUUCUCAAUUGCAAAGUCUAGACUAUUGGUUAAAAAGCUGUUAUUUAUUUAGAUAAUAAUCACAUGGGCCCAAACCUAUUUUACUAUGAUGCUAUUUUUUCAAUUGUAAAAUAUAAUUUAUCCACUUUUGUAACAUUUUAGCUAUGAAUUAUGAGUGUAAAUAGUAUUAAGAAAUGAAUAAUCAAUCACAGUUGGCUUACUGGUAGAUUUAGAACUUAAUACUUCUGGGACUUUUGGAUUAUUGGAUAAGUUGCUAUUAUCUUAUUUUUGGUUUUAAUGUAUCAAAUAAAUUGUAUAUUUGUAAAUAUUUUGGACUAUAGUAUAUGGAAUAUGAAUGCAU